GAUCAGCUGUUUCGCCGGACUGUUUUAACUGUGACACUAAACGUCAUUGGUUUGGGUCGCAGCAGGUUUCGGAGUGCAGUCAGCGGAGUUCGGUGAAUUCAAGUGCAAUGGCGGGAGGAGGGGCCGCAGGCGUCGACCUCAGCAGGAAGUUUGUGUCGGAGGCUGAGCUCGAUGAAAGGAGGAAGAAGAGGCAAGAGGAGUGGGAGAAGGUCCGCAAACCUGAUGACCCCGAGGAGGCGCCCGAGGAGGAGUACGACCCCCGAUCGCUGUUCGAACGACUGCAGGAGCAAAAAGACAAGAAACAGGAGGAAUUUGAGGAGCAGUUUAAAUUCAAGAACAUGGUGAGGGGAUUGGACGAGGAUGAGACCAGCUUCCUGGAUGAGGUCUCCCGGCAACAGUGCCUCGUGGAGAAGCAACGCAGGGACGAGGAGAAGCAGGAACUGCUGGAAUACAGAAGCGCUCUGGCCAAACAAGCAUCGACUGAAAACCGCAAAGAACCAGAAAAGAAAGUGGCUCCGAAGCAGGUCCUGGGGGAGCAGAGGACCAGUCACCUGUCCCAGGCACAUCUACUGGCAGGAGCUGUGAAGAGACGCAGCUCCUCCCAGUCCUCAGACAGCAGCAAGAAACAGAAGGUGGAGAUCACAACUACGACCACAAAAGAAACCACAGGAAACGGAGCUGCACGCACAGAACAGCCGGCAGGAGCGGGCGGAGGAUCAGGGGGAGGAGCUGAAGAACAGCGGGCCGUCCCCGGCCUGGCGGCCAAAACCCCCUCUGCUCCCCUGGGCUCCGGUCAAGGCGUGCUACACCUGCCGUCGGCAGCGGUGUGCGUGGGCGUUUUACCAGGACUCUGGGUUUAUUCCGGCAGCAGCGACUCUGACAGCAGCUCGGACAGCGAAGGUAGCGUGGACGCAAUCAUGUCGCCGUACCCCCGGCACAACAGGGCGUACAGAUAGACACACAACCACACACUGUAACCACACACACAUAGACAAAGGUCAAAGGUCACACACAUCAGCAUACAGUCUAAAGGCCCUUUCAUGCUCACGUUACGUUCACACGGUGUCCAGCGUCGCCUUCAUAUGACCAUGUGACCAAUGUGCUGGAAUGAGCGUUUAUUCACCAGUCCACCAGAGGGCGCCGCUCUGAUUGAACACACUGGGCCAACUUCCAGAUAUGGUUGAAUUCUACUUCCUGUUCUAUCAGUCCAACUAUGACAAAAGCGAAGAACAAGAGUUUUAGUAUCGGUCCAGGUUCUGGUUCUGUCCAAAAGCAGACGGAUCUGUCCAUUGUUUUCCUGUGGACAGUGGGGUUAGACGGAAAUGGAUUCAGGUGAUCCUGCAGGAUGAGGGACCAAAGGCUGGGAUUCAAAAGGCUAAUACGCAUGUCUGCAGCAGAUGUUUAAUGUCUGAAGAUUAAAUAUUAACUAUUAACUAACCCUAACCCUGACAAACACCUGCCCGUCUAGAACAUCUGACACUAAGAUGACAGACACACAUACAGAAACACAAACAUUAGCCAAAAAAAGGUGAACUGAUGCUAGCAUUGGGCUAAUAUUACUGCAGCUACAUAGAAGACGUCCACUUGGACAACCCUAAACAGACCAAACUGAUGCUAGCAUUAGGCUAACAUUACUGCCGUUAAUAUUAACCACAUUUUUUUUUCUUUGCGGCCUGGUACCGGUCCGGGGCCCGAGGGUUGGGGACCACUGACGUAGAGCAUGAACGGGCCUUAAAGGACAGUAUGAACACACUAAGGUUUGUAUUCUGUGUUUUAAAGGUUCAUCCACUGGUCAGUAUUUAACUGUUACUCUUUGCUCUUAGAAUAAUUCCAUCCCAUAAUAAUCACAGACAUUAAAACCAGCGUCAAAUCAGUUCUGAACUGAAUCUGUCCAUGUAUUUGUAGUUUUUUUUGUCCUAUUGUGACACUGGAAACUCAAAACCCCUCCACCCUUCCUUCCUUCCUUCCUUCCCUCAAUCACAUGUCACACAGUUUAAGCCGAGCCGACCAAUCGCGCGCUGCCUACACCCCCGACGACAGACAGACUGACAGACCUGAUCCUGCCCUCCCCCCACCCACCCAUCCAUCCAUCUGUCCCUCCCCCUCCCAACCCGAGCCACAGCGACUGUCCGCUGCGCUAUUGGCCGAGGGGACAGUGAUUGACAGCUGCGGAGCGCGGAGGAGACCGCUCAGACUGUAGUCACAUGACUCAGACAGGGGGAGGCCACGCCCCCGUGUCACUGCCACUCAGUUGUGUCCAGAGUGGUCCUGGUGUGGAUGUGAAGCUUCCUGGGCAGUGGUGUGUUUUUGGAAAAGACGCUGGGACCGUUUGCUGCUGUGUUUUCUGUCGGUCUGAGCAGAUGAAUAAAGAGCUUUUCCUUCU